AUGGCGGAUUUUGUAAAGGUCUACACCACCGUGCCAAAGCAGCUCUUGGCGCUUUUGACUAAUCAACUGCCCUACUCGCUACCCCUCCUUCGACGUCUUCAGUUUACCAAGUUUGAAAAUGGCCUACGAGAGACAGCAAGAGUCAUACUGGCAGCGGAAUCUCAACUUGAGGAUGGACUAAACUUUCCGAAGAAAUUCACUGCAGCAUACAUCGACGUCGGCGGUGGCCCUGAUACGCAAACGUGGAUAUACUCGACUCUCGAGCAUCCCGAUAAUGCCGACAUCAACGACGCGACCAUCUAUGAGAAGCAACUUGACAAAGUAGUUGGAGAGAGCGUGAGGAUAUCAAAGGAGUAUGGCCGUCCCCUCGUAUACGGCGAUGCUGUCUUACUCGGAACACUGCAUGACUCUGUCCGAGAUCUACUCUGCAAGACAGGUCGCGUUGAGCCUCGUGAAACAGGGGCAUAUGACAAAUGGCUUUUCAAGUACGAAGAUAUACCAAAGGAGGAAAUAGCAUUACCUGAGGGGAUGCAUUGGGGAACGGCAACUGACGAUGAUUGCCGAGUUGUCAUCUCCCGAACAAACAUCCCGAGAACAGUGCAAGUCCUGAGACGUAUGCCAAGCUUGGUAAUCAAGCUUGAUGACGGAACGCCUGUGUCCUGGGCUUUUCUGGGGUUUGAUGGCUCACUGAUCAGCCUUCAUUGUGAGGAACCCUAUCGUCGUCGUGGGCUUGCCAAGACACUUGCUGCGAAGUUGUUUCGCGACAAAUCUCUUGACUUUGCCAAUGAUGGCUGGUGUUCUGCUGAUGUUGCGCCAGACAAUGAUGGAAGUCGAGGAAUGUGCAAGAGAUUGAAUGGAAAGCCGACCUGGAGGGUUUCAUGGGUGUUGCUGUAUGUCGGAGAAAAGCCGCCAAGUGAAACAAAUGGUACCAAGAACGCAUGA